AUCUGACUCAACCAUGAUCCAUACAAAGAAGCUUACUCAGCUGGCCAAGAAGUGCCAGCGGAUGUUGGUGGCCGGAGCCGGUGCCCGCCGCCGGCAAGCCUCAGACACGUCCGACGAUGAAUGCUGCAGCACAGCGUCAUCUGUGGUCGCCGAUGAGGGCCACUGCAUGGUGUAUGCAGCUGACGGAGCACGGUUCGAGGUCCCACUAGCAUACCUCGGGAAGACAGUCUUCGCUGAGCUCCUGAGGAUGUCAGAGGAGGAGUUUGGCUUUGCAAGCGGCAGCGAGGGAGGCAGAAUCACGCUGCCUUGCGAUGCCAUGGUGGUGGAGUACGUCUUGUGCCUUGUCAGGAGAGAGGCCUCUGAGGAGGUCGAGAAGGCUUUCUUGAGCUCCAUUGCUGGGCACUGCCACAGCUACAAUGCUAGCGGCAUGGCUCCAUCAAUGGGAACCAGCCAUCAAUUUUCUCUUUGUACUUAGCUACUAGCUUAGCUUCUGAUACAGUUCCUUGGUAGGACCGAGAAAAUCUCUAUACAGUUUUAUGUAAGAUCAAUUAUCACAGGCAAUGAUACAAAUGAGUCUCAACUUUCUUGGAGAAAUUGGAUUAUUGGACA